AAUGAUGGCGGACGAUGGAAUGGAAAGCUACUCCCCCGAGCUAAAAAUGGGGGGAAAUGAUGAUGAUAUGGACAGCCCAGCUCCCGCAGGAAGAAAGUAUAAAUAUCUGCGUCAAUGGAUGGAUAUUACUCUGACAGAACCGGAGAAGAGAAUUGGGACGUCAAUGAAACUCCAGGAAACAUUCAUAGUAUAUCUGGUUGAAACAAGGGUGAAAGAUCCCACCAUGAAGUUCAUUGGCGAACCCACCUGUGCCCUCUGGAGGAGAUACAGUGAAUUUGAGCUGCUAAGGAACUACCUGGACAUCAUGUAUCCUUCCAUAAUUGUACCUCCGCUUCCAGAGAAAAGGUGGAGGUUACCCGCAGGAGGGCAUGAUAGCUUGAUGAGUUAUGCCUGGCAGAAUGUCUCCUCAGAUAAAUUCGACCCUGAUUACAUCGAGAGGCGGCGUUCUGGUUUAGAGAACUAUCUCGUCCGAAUUGCUAUGCAUCCGACCCUGAGUAAGGAUGAGAUGUUCAUGGCAUUUUUAAGACAGGAGGAAGGGUGGAAGGAGUCACUUUAUGCUACUGAUUAUUACAGCAAGGCUGACUCCCGAUUAAAAGCCAUAAGUGCUUCAUACAGGAUACGUAAAGCCGACCGGACAUUUGAUGAACUGAAGAACUACGCAAAUGACCUUCAGACAAAUACAUCAAAUGUUUUGAGAAUACGAGCUAAAAUGGCUGACAGCUUAUACGGUAUCCACAAGGUUCAUGCAAACUACGGCCGAGUGUUUAGCGAAUGGAGCGGGAUAGAGAAAGAAAUGGGAGAUGGUCUUCAGCGUGCGGGACACUAUAUGGACGUUUUCUCCUCCGCCAUAGAUGGAAUCCUGGAAGACGAGGAACAAUUCGCCGACCAGAUCAAGGAAUAUUAUGCAUACGGAGAUGCACUACGGACGGUGUGCCGAAAACAAGAGCUCAUACAACUGAAGUUAGAAAAGGCAGAAGAUGCUUUGUCUUACAAAAAUACACAGAGAGAACAAGUGUCGACUGGUAAGCAUGGGUUCUCCUUUAGCGGGAUGAAGUCACGAAUAUUUGGUGGGGACACGCCCGAGGUUCGAGAACAGAAGUUACAAAAAAUUGAAGAGGAGAUUGAUGAAUGUGAAAAACAGUUGAAACUAGUCAAUGAGGAGGCACAGCUGUUCACCGAGUUAGCCCUAGCGGAUAUUGAGCGAUUCAGGAAGCAGAAAGUCAAAGAUAUAAAAGAGUCCUGUACCAAUUAUGCUGUGAUGCAAGUUGAAAAAUGUAAAAAGUCUAUCCAGAUUUGGCAAAAUGCUCGGGAAUGUUUCCUAAAAAUGUGAUUUGACUCUAAGGAUUCCGGAACUUGUGCAAACGAAAUCGAUAAUUCGAUCAAUAUUUGGAUGAUAUUCAUGCUGUAUUGUGCUGAAGCUGGCCCUAUUUCAAUUAUGUGCGAGUUGUCAAGAUGAAGUCUCUGAUGCUGUGAUUCUUGGAGUUGUGAUCCAAAAACUGACGAUAGGGAGGGCGGACUCGGAUUGGUCCUCUGUAAAUCCCUCCUGGGAAGUUCCUAAGUUAUAAGACUGUUAUCUGUAUUUAGUAGAUUUUGUUGGAUUGAUCCUGUCACAUGGUUCGUGGCAUAACCGAUAGUUACCAUCUGAUGCAGGCCUGUUGGCAGGGCCUUGGGGCAGGGUUAGGGAGUUUCCUCAAAAAGGUCAUGCAAAAUCAUACGCUUAGUUGUACAUGUUCAUGGUGUAAAUUAAGUUGGUUCUAACUUUCUGGCCUUACAGUAUUACUUUGGCCACAAUGGUUUUAAUGAGUCUUUAGAACUAACCUGUUCUUCUCCAGAACAGAGUUCUUCUUUGGCAUGUGCAGAACGGUUUAUUUUUAAGCUGUUAAACAGCUUAAAAAUAGUCAUAUUCAUAAUGAUUGCUAAAACAUAUUGUGUAUUGCUAAAAUAUAUUGUGUAUAAUAUUUAUCUAAUCAUUCCAUUGUUAAUUAGUGCAAUACAUCUUAUGUGCUGUCAUUCCAACCUUGACUAUUGUACAUCAACUCGUGUACACAGUAGGGGGCUGUCCAUAAAGUUUGUA